AUGGGGUUGCCUAUCCUCAUAAGUAGUCCUCCACAAAAGCAAUGUUUGGUAGAUGAAACAGGCCAGUUAGAUAAGUUCAGUCAGCAGAAUUCCUCACCAAGAGAUAAUGAAAACUCAGCUGUAGAAUGGACAUUUUACCCAAGUUCUGGUAAUCAUACUUACCAUACAGGAAAAAGAUGUUUGUUUCAUGGUAUCCACCUCCGAAAUAAGUCUACAUUUUCUGAAAGGACUCUGGAAAUGUCCAUAGGGAAGAAGAAAUAUGUGGAUGAAACUUCCUCCCGAAACGGCAUUCCAAUGAGGAUGCUCGGUGACCAUCCAUUUUCUUCUCCUGAGCAAAGUACAGACUUCCACAAAAAGGGAUCAACAAUAUCUCCAGUGAAUUUUGGAAGUUUUAGGUAUAAAAAAAGGUCAGAUACCUUUAUUCCUCUCCAGCGUUUGUCAAGAACUUCUUGCGUGCCUUUCCACAUAAAAGAGAAACAGCAAGAAUUAGAGAGAGAAAAGAUGGAAGUGAAGAACCUGGAGACCUGGAAGCCUAGCCCAAGUUUGAUGCAAUCUUUACUUGCAGGUGGACAGGUCAGAAAACUGACUAUUUCUUAA